ACCCCUCCAGCAGCAGCAGUGUAGAUCCGGGUUACCAAUGAUCAGGGCACCGGCUGCCUCUAAGCUGUGUGUGUACCGCUGCUGCCGCUCCAUGUCCUCAGUCUCCCUGCAGCUCUCCCCGGACCGCUGCCUCUUUGAUGCCCCCCUGAGGCUCCGGGCGUCCGGUCUGAGCCCCGGGCAGGACGUCACCGUGCACACAGCUCUGGCCGAUGACGGAGGGGAGAUGUUCACUUCCCUCGCCCGCUACAGGGUUGGCAGCAGCGGGGAACUGGACCUUACCCGCAGCCAGGCUCUGGAGGGCGGGAGCUUCACCGGCAUAGAGCCCGAGGGGCCCCUGUGGUCGUUGGAACCCCGCACUGCCUACAGGAGAUUGCUGAAGAGAGAGAUGAAAACUCCGUUCCAGCUGCGCUUCUCCCUGCACCGGGGCCACGGGGAGCCCGGGCCUCUCCUAGCGUCAGCCACCCAGGAGAGGAGCUUCAUGGGUGAAGGGGUUACCCGGGUCCAUGUGCGACAGGGCAGAGUGCGGGGCAACCUGUUCCUCCCUCCCGGGCUCGGGCCAUUUCCUGCCAUUAUGGACCUUUAUGGAACAGGUGGAGGUCUCAUGGAACACAGAGCCAGCCUGUUGGCCAGCCGUGGCUACCUAACUAUGGCACUGGCAUAUUUUGAUUAUGAUGACCUCCCAAACAACCUUGGAGGGCUGCACUUGAAUUACUUCAGAGAAGCAUUGGAAUUCCUAAAGCGUCACCCAAAGGUGAACAAACGAGGAGGAAUUGGGAUAAUCGGCCUUUCUAAAGGUGCUGAACUGGCCGUCACCAUGGCGGCCUUCCUUCCUGGGAUCAAGGCAGUUGUCAGUGUCUCUGGCUGCAAUGCCAAUACUUUUGCCCCUUUACCAUGUGACGAUUUUGUGCUGCCAUGCCUGCGGUUCAACACUGAGAAGAUCAAGUUCACCGAAGCUGGGGAAAUGGAUUUUUCUGAGUCCAUGGAUGAUCCCAUGGACCCAGCAUGCCAAGAGUGCCUCAUUCCAGCCGAGAGAUCCUCUGCUGCCUUCCUGCUGUUUUCUGGACUGGAUGACAAGAACUGGCCCAGUGCAUCUUAUAGCAAACAGCUGGUUGCUCGUCUCAUUGAGCACAAGAAGGACGUGGAGGCUUAUUACUAUCCAGGAGCUGGCCACCUCUUGGAACCUCCUUAUUUUCCUCUGUGCAAUGCUUCCAACCACAAGCUAUUGGGUAUGCCAGUGCUGUGGGGAGGCCAGCUGAAAGCGCAUGCCAAAGCACAGGAGGACGUGUGGAAAAAGAUCCAAGCUUUUUUCUCCAAGCACCUUAAGCAAGAUCAUUUGCAGAGCCACCUGUAGGUCCUACCUGGGUUUUAUGGAAAGAGUAUACCUUGCUUAAAUAGCCAUGUUCCCAUCUAAGCCUCACCAGUAACUGCCAUUGAUUCCAUCAUUAUGUAGAACAGAAAUUAAAAGCCAAUGUUGUAACUGUAAAAACCAGUGGUACAAAUUUCUAAUAAUAAAGGAGAUAUACUUUCAAA